GCCCUCUGAAUCUCUUAAAUUGGUCGGUUUUCAAUGCUCUUCAUCUUCUCUCCUCUUUCUCACAAUCCAUUUAUUCUUCUUCUUCUUCUUCACGCAUUCUUCGUUUAUGCUCCAUUCCCAUUUCCAUGGCGAUCGAGGCCGUUUCUCCUGACAUUCCCGUUGUCGCAUUGAGCCCUAGAAUUUCAUUCUCUCACGAUUUCAUCCAUGCCGAAGCCAUUCCCGUUGAACAGCGCUCUAAUUCUCGAUCCAGUUCCUCUGCUUUCAAUUCCAGCUUCGAUUUCGAUUUUUGCAUUCGUGAAUGCUCCCAUCAGGAAUCCUCCUCCGCGGAUGAGAUUUUCUCUCACGGAAAAAUUUUGCCCCUCGAAAUCAAGAAGAAGUCGGAAGAGCCACAUCUGCGUGUCGAUCAGUCUUCUUUCUCUAAUCAUUCUCCUCCAUUGACGCGAGCGAAAUCGCUCGAUUCUAAUGCGGAGAAAUGUUUGAAGAAAGAUCGCUCGCCCAAGGAAAUCAAGGAGGCCGUCAGUAGUGAUUCUGAAGAGAAGCAAAGCUCGAAUUUCAAAUCAUUUUGGGGUUUCAAGAGAAGCAGUAGCUGUGGCUCUGGUUACACUCGCAGCUUAUGUCCAUUACCGCUUCUAUCACGAAGCAACUCCACCGGCUCUGCGCCGAAUAUUAAGCGAACGACAUUAUCAAAGGACGGUGUAACUCAAAAACAGAGCUCUCAUAGAAACGCGCCAAAAAAUUCACAACACUGUUCGUCUUCGAUGGGAUAUCAGAAACCUCCAUUGAAGAAGAAACUCUGUUGCUAAUCGAACAAAGUCAAAGCAAAACCCAUGUUGAACACUAAAAAAAUGGGGUGAUGGAGUUGAAUUAUUUAGAUAGGAAGAGGGAUGAAGAAGAUGAAGAUGGAUAAUGAAUGGUAGGAGACGAGAGAGCGGUGGCAUAAUUGAAGGCACAUGCAGGCUUCGGAAUAAGAAAGGACAGGUUAGGCAUUGCUGCUUUUCAUUGUUUGUCCAUUGCUCUUCACUUUCUGCUUUUGGUAUUUUCUAACACUCAGACACAUAAAUCUGAAUUUGGGUUCUGUCAUUUCUCUCUCUCUCUCACAUACAAAUCAGAAACAGUCUUCUUUUUGUGUCCGAAGUGUUUGUAUUUUGGCUUUGAAGGAAUAUCAAUGACGGUAGAGUGGAUCCAUUAUUCCCA